GCGGCGCGCAGCUGCCUCUGCCUCCUGCUGCUGGCCGCGCCCGGGCAGCCGGGCCGCGCGGGUUUCCAGCAGGUUUCUCUGUUGUCUUCCUAUGAAGUUGUAAUCCCGCAGAGGUUAGGAAGAGAACGGCGAGAGGCUUCCAAUGUCUCCUCAGUACAGGACAAAGUGUCGUAUGCUAUUGAGAUAGAGGGAAAAGAAUACACGAUUCAUCUAGAAAAGAACAAAGAACUGCUGCCCAAAGACUUCACAGUUUAUACCUAUAAUAAGGAGGGGAAGUUGCAAUCUGAAUACCCAGAUGUCCAGGAUCACUGCCAUUAUCAGGGAUACGUGGAGGGGACCCUGGAUUCUGUGGUUGCUGUCAGCACUUGCUCGGGGCUCAGGGGUUUGGUGACAAUAGGAAACAUCACCUAUGGAAUUGAGCCCAUGGAUUCCUCUUCUGGCUCUAAACACAUUUUAUAUCGAUUGGAUAAUGUGAAGAAAGAGCCCACGAUGUGUGGAGUAACCACCAAAGACCAUGAAAGGGAACACACAGAGGAAAAUCACCAUCCCAGUAUGACUCAGCUACUGCGAAGAAGGAGGGCCGUCCUACAUCAAACAAGAUAUGUGGAGCUGUUCAUAGUUGUGGAUAAAGAAAAGUUUGAAGAUUUUGGGAAGAGUGAAACAGAAGUAAGAGAACACAUGGUGCAACUGGCAAACUUCCUUGACAGUAUGUACAUCAUGUUGAACAUCCGUAUUGUGCUGGUUGGUCUAGAGAUCUGGAAGUAUGAAAACAUAAUUAGCACAGAUGGAGGUGCUGGUGAUGUGCUGGCAAAUUUUGUACAAUGGCGAGAGAAAAAUCUUGUUUUGCGACGGAGACAUGACAGUGCUCAGUUUGUUCUGAAGAAGGGAUUUGGUGGCACAGCUGGAAUGGCCUAUGUUGGAACAGUGUGCUCUAAGAGCCACGCAGGAGGCAUUAAUGUGUUUGGAAGAAUCAGUAUACAGAUGUUUGCAUCAAUUAUGGCUCAUGAACUGGGACAUAACCUGGGGAUGAACCAUGAUGAUGAACGUGUCUGUCACUGCGGAGCAAGCAGUUGCAUUAUGAGCUCUGGAGCAUCGGGAUCGAGGAACUUCAGCAGCUGCAGUGCAGAAGACUUUGAGAAGCUAACUCUCAACAAAGGUGGAAGCUGCCUGCUCAAUGUUCCCAAGCCUGAUGAAACCUAUAGCGUCCCGUACUGUGGGAACAGGCUGGUAGAUGCUGGGGAGGAGUGUGACUGUGGUUCACCAAAGGAAUGUGAAAGUGAUCCUUGCUGUGAACCAGGUACUUGCAGACUCCGAUCCGGUGCUGAAUGUGCUUAUGGCGACUGCUGUAAAAACUGCCAGCUCCUUCCUGGAGGAACUGAGUGUCGGGCGAGUAACAAUGAGUGCGACCUUCCAGAGUACUGCAACGGCACGUCCCAGUUCUGCCAGCCGGACUUCACCGUUCAGAACGGUCACCCGUGCCACAACGAGGAAGCCUACUGUUACAAUGGUGUUUGCCAGUACUACGAUGCACAGUGUCAGGAUAUCUUUGGCUCAAAAGCCAAAGCAGCCCCCAAUAUUUGUUUUGCUGAAGUGAAUUCCAAGGGCGACAGAUUUGGCAACUGUGGUUUCCAUGGUCAUGACUACAAGAAAUGUUCCAGCUGGAAUGCCAUGUGUGGGAAGCUGCAAUGUGAAAAUGUGAAAACUAUGCCUGUUUUUGGAAUUAAGCCUGCUAUUAUCCAAACUCCCAUUAGAGGCACCACGUGCUGGGGUGUAGAUUUCCAGCUAGGCUCUGAUGUCCCGGACCCUGGAAUGGUGAAUGAAGGCACCAAAUGUGAUACUGGGAAGAUCUGUAGGCACUUCCAGUGUGUGAGUGCCUCUGUUCUGAACUACGACUGUGACGUGGAGAGGCAGUGUCACGGACAUGGGGUGUGCAAUAACAACAGGAACUGUCACUGUGAAGCAGGCUGGGCCCCUCCUUACUGUGAUACUACAGGCUACGGAGGAAGUCUAGACAGCGGACCUCCUUACAAUGACAAAGACACCUCACUGAGAAAUGGGCUGCUGGUAUUUUUUUUCCUGGUCCUCCCACUCCUUAUAGCUGCUGCUCUGGCAUUUGCAAAAAGAGACAGGCUGAAGCAAUGCUGUAGAAGAUUAAUGUCACGCUGCCAUUCGUCACUUCAGUCACCACCUCCUAGAACAGAAACCGAACCAAGAGACUACCACCACAGAGGCUUUUCACACGGCAUGCCUUAUGCUCCAAGAGGUGUUCCCAUGGCUAUGGAACCAAAUACUUUUCCUGUUCCAUCUUACCCAGUUAACCAGCAUCCUCAGCAGGCUUACCACCAGUCUUACUACCCAUCUCCGCAAUACCGGGCACCACAGCCACAGAAGCUGCCGUCAAGGCCGCCGCCUCCACAACAGAAGUGUGCACCUCAGGGACCUCCUCCACCGCAGCAAAAAUGUUUACCUCAGGGACAGUAUUUUCCUUCUCGACCGGCACCUUUGCCUCCCAAAUAGCUUUGGGCUGCUUUGGGGCCUUCACGUGAGCUGACCUGUUCACUGAGACACAGCUGAAAUUGCAGUUAUCCUUCUUGCAUUGAGUGGCCCAUGGUAAUCCUGGAAAGCCUUCCUUCUGCAGCCUGGGAUGAGGCAAAUGAGAUAUUGAAACGAGGAAUGUAAAACUUUAAACUAAAUACCUCUACCAAAGCUACAGGAACUGAAAACAUCUAACCCGUUCGUAGAGCUGUCUGAGUAUUGUGGCUUUGUCAACUGCAGCAGGGCUGGCCAGCUGGAAGUGGAGCAGCCUGCAGUUAAAUAGUCUUUACAGCAAUUGGGAGUUGCUUUUGGUUUCCCCAUUUCUGCAAUGAGCCCUAAUAAUGAAAUUGUCCAAUUUGUUGUUGUCUUUCCAAACGUACAGUGAAGAAUUGAAGUAACCCAUACCAUUUUCAAAACGAGGAGAUCUGGCCAAUUAAUUGAAAAUUAUUUUGCAUGGACUGGAAAAUGUUAUCCAUUUACACAUUAAUGGCACAAGUGAAAUAAGGUAUCAGUGUACUUUUUCAGAGGAAGAUAAAUAUAUUGUAAACAUGUUUAUGCAUGUAUAUAUGUUUAUUGAUGUGUAGUAAUGCACUUAAAUUCUUACUUUCAUGCUGACUGACACUAAGCGGUGCUAUAUGAGCACUAAGUUUAAUGUUUUUAAAUUAGUAAUUGUGAAUUGCUAAAUGAGAAUCCUGUACUAAUUUCCACUAAUACCAUGAGCAGGCAAUGAAAAUAAAGGUACGAAAAGACACGGCCAAAUUUUGGUUUUAAAAAGUGGGGUGCUCUUAGGUUUUAAUUUGGGUCUAAAGGCUGAGUAGCAGUCCCUGCAGAACACUGAGAAGCGAGAAAUGCCUCUGUCUAGACCACCGGAGCUGCUCUGAGCACUUUAAACAGGAACCUGUUGACUAAUGCAGCAUUUUCACCUAAUCCUCAAACCUUUUUAGUGUCAGUCAGGAUGCUUACAGGCUAACUUGCGUUAGAUUGGACUGCCAUCCGUUUCUACACCACUGACUAAGCUAGAUUUUAAAACUCUUUCUGAAAAGGAGUGUUUGGCAUUUGGUGUGCUGGCCGAGGAGAGGAAAUCUGUUAAUCGUGGUACCGUUGUGCAGUGGGUAGAAACCGGAUGCUGGUGGUCACAAAUAGAAAUCUGUUGCAAAAACUUGCCAAAAGUGAAAUAAGUACUGAAAAGAGUGCUUGGCUUUUUCACUUUGUGCUAGCCACCGAGUACAAACUCAAUCUGUAAAAUCCCCCAUAAUAUUGCCAAAAAAAAAAACUUUUCCUCUGUAUAUACAUAUAUAAAAAUAUAUAUAUAUAGUGUUUGCAUUUGCAGUAAUAAAAUACUUGAACUCCUGUGGUUUCCCAUAAACUUAGACUAAGAUUUGUAACACUAUUAAUAUCUGUAAAACAUCACCUAGAAUAUCGCCAGACGUAUUUGCGGGGGUCCUCUGUUUGUUCCAAGAUAAUCACUUCCUGAUUUUUGUUGUAUUCUACUCAGUUUGGGCUGUCUGUCUGUCUGUAGUGAUCAGCUUUGCGGCUGAAUGGGGCAGAUGUCCGUGGGAGCCUCUCCGGGCAGUUCACGGCUGGAGUGGGCCCGCUUCCGAGGGUGGGGAUGAGGGGAGGGAAUCCAGGGAAUGAAGUCAUCCGAGAGAGAGACGUACUUAAUUGUAUUUGAAGCUGUAUGUGUGAACUAAAACUAUGCCGAAAAUGGUGCCUUUUAAUAGAUAAAAGAGUUUUGAUACUUCCAGUGUGCACGUUAGCAAUAUUUGCAGGGUGGUGGUGUGGGGCAGUGAACGUGCGGUUUUUAGAAGCGAUCCUAUGGAAAAGAAAUAGCUCAAAUUUUACACGUGUUGAAUAUUGAAGAUGACUACUGACUUUCUUUUUUAAAGCGUACGCUUAUCCCCGUCCCCCGGGUAGGUCUGGAGAAAGCGGAGGCGACGUCCCUGUCCGACGCGCGUUUCAGCCCUUGCACUCCGCACAACCCUCUCCGUGCGGCGAGGUGCGUCGCUCCUGUACCGUCGGGGUCUGACGAAAGGGCUGUUACCGACCCCCUUUGUAAGAAACAAACGAGCAAUAAAG